GCGAGGAGAGGAGAGGAGGCUUUCCAACCCACGUUUAUCUACUCCGAGUGAGGGGGAGACCCUUCACCACUACUGCUCUCGUCUAUACGUUUACGUUACCGUGCUGGUAACGGACCACGUACUGCUCACGACCACGGCAUUCCCGGCUCGGUUGGUCACGGGCUAUUAGGACCUAGGACAUUUAAUCUCAUUCUGGACCAACCGUUUCAGUUCUAGCAGCGAGCAGCGGGAGUUUGAGCAGAGAGGCACCGUACCCUGGUUGAUAUCCGUAGCGUGUCCCUUCUCGCGCUCUGCUCGCUCACAGACAUGGAAGAUGGUCCGUCUUCGACAAGCUGUUUUAGAAGGAUCACGGACUGUUUUCUGGGCUCAAGUCUGACGGACGACCAAGUGAAGGAUUAUUUAACCCUCCACCCUCAGACGCUGGAUGAGUUUGUAUCGGAGAGCGUGAGUUCAGAGACGCUGGACAGAUGGCACAAGAGGAAGAGCAGCGGUAGCCUGCCUGCAGACGCGUCAUCAUCAUCACCAGCUAAAGAAGGCAGCAGGUACCAGGACAGUAACAUGCAGAAGUUGGUGCAUGACCUCACUAGUUGUCUGGAACAGCGUCUGGACACUAAGCUGCUUCUCUAUGACCUGUGUACCAUCAUCAAAACAGCGACGAAAGCAGAUGGAUUUGCCCUUUAUUUCAUGGGAGAAUGUAACAAUAGUGUGUGUUUGUUUAAACCAACGGUGGCUGAGGACGGUCCUCCCACCCUCAUCCCAGCUGGCCCGGUCACAUUUGGGACCACCAUCGCCACACACGUGGCCACAACACGCCAAACUCUGCUAGUAAAGGACAUCACAGGGGACCAGCGUUUCCCAGAAGGCACUGGUCAGGACUUAGACUCAGGGAUUCAUGUUCACUCUGUCCUGUGCCUCCCCAUCGUCACGGCCAUCGGUGACCUCAUAGCUAUCCUGGAGCUGCAUCGGCACUGGGGCAACGAGCCCUUCAAUACCAGCAACCAGGAGGUUGCGACGGCGUGUUUAGCAUGGGCAUCUGUAGCUAUUCACCAAGUACAGGUGUGCAGAGGCCUCGCCAAACAGACGGAGCUCAAUGACUUCCUGCUAGAAGUGUCAAAAACGUACUUUGACAACAUUGUGGCAAUAGAUUCUCUACUUGAACAUAUAAUGAUAUAUGCAAAAAACCUGGUGAAUGCGGACAGAUGUGCACUGUUCCAGGUGGACCACAAUAACAAUGAACUGUACUCAGACCUGUUUGACAUCGGGGAGGAGAACGAGGGCAAACCUGUCUUCAGGAAAACCAAAGAGAUUAGGUUUUCUAUAGAGAAAGGUAUAGCGGGCCAAGUGGCACGGACGGGGGAGGUCCUUAACAUCCCAGACGCCUAUGCAGACCCACGCUUUAAUAGAGAGGUGGACCUCUAUACGGGAUACACCACGCGGAACAUCCUAUGCAUGCCCAUCGUUUCCAGGGGGACCGUAAUAGGGGUCGUACAGAUGGUUAACAAGCUGAGUGGAAGUGCCUUCACCAAAACAGACGAGAACAACUUCAAGAUGUUCGCCGUCUUCUGUGCUCUAGCCUUACACUGUGCCAACAUGUACCACCGGAUCAGGCACUCUGAGUGUAUCUACAGGGUAACCAUGGAGAAGUUGUCCUACCACAGUAUCUGUACUUCAGAGGAGUGGAAGACCCUCACACAGCUGGACCUUCCUACACCCCUAUACAAAGAGAUAGAACUGUUUCAUUUUGACAUUAGUCAGUUUGAGGAGCUGUGGCCAGCUGUCUUUGUAUACAUGGUCCACAACUCAUGUGGAGAGACCAGUUUUGAGCUGGAGAAGUUGUGCAGGUUCACAAUGUCUGUGAGGAAGAAUUAUCGGCGUGUUCCCUACCAUAACUGGAAACAUGCGGUGAACGUGGCUCACUGUAUGUAUGCCAUACUGCAGAAGACCACCGGCAUCUUCACUGAAAUAGAGAAGAAGGGUCUGCUGAUAGCCUGUCUAUGUCAUGAUCUGGACCAUCGAGGAUACAGUAACACCUACCUGCAGAAGUUUGACCAUCCUCUAGCUGCCUUGUACAGCACGUCUACAAUGGAGCAGCACCACUUCUCCCAGACUGUAUCCAUCCUCCAGCUGGAAGGGCACAAUAUUUUCUCCAACCUGACUUCCAUUGAGUACGAGCAAGUUCUAGAGGUCAUCCACAAGGCCAUCAUCGCUACAGACCUGGCGCUCUACUUCGGCAACCGCAAACAGCUAGCUGAACUACUGAGCACUGGAGAUCUGGACCUGGACAACCACCAACACAGGGACCGUGUGAUUGGUCUGAUGAUGACAGCAUGUGACCUGUGUUCCGUUACCAAGCUGUGGCCAAUCACGCGACUCACAGCCAAUGAUAUCUACGCUGAGUUCUGGGCUGAGGGGGAUGAGAUGAAGAAGAUAGGUAUACAGCCCAUCCCUAUGAUGGACAGGAGAUAA